AUGUCUGAAGACGCGACAAUUUCCGAAGAGCUGAAGAACAAGUCGAUGGAGUUUCUGAAGAAGUUGGAAACGGAUUUACUCGAAGCCAACGACAGUUAUGGCAAAGUGGCGGAAGAAAUUGAAGAGUACGUUAAUAUACGAAUGUUCUUGGACAAAGAACUCGAAUUUGGCCAGAAAACGGAGAGAAGGAUCAUGACAAACCUUGGACACAAUAUUUAUACACAAGCGGAAAUGUAAGUUUGUCGAAUUUUGUUAAAUUUCGUUUUUUAAUGGUUUUGAGAAGCUUUUGGUUUUGCACGGUGCAAAGUUUUUUUUUCGAAAUUUUUAAAGGUUUUUUGAAGUUUUGAUACAGUUUUGAAAAAGUAUUGAGUCAAGAGGCAGACAAUAAAAAAACCUUUAAACCACAGAUUUUAAAAAUUUUGAAAAAUUUAAUAAUUUUUUGAAUUUUUAAAAAUUUUUUGAAAUUUUGAUGGAAUCUUGAAAAAAUGUUAAAUCAGAGGCCUCUUGCUUGACGUACCUUAUAAGUUUUGCUAAGAUUUGACAUUAUUUUUCUCAGGUUUUAAAAAGUUUAAAAAUUUAACUUAUUUUUAUACUUUUCAGUCCAGCUAACCCCAAAAUCAUAGUUUGCUUGUACGAUGACAUUUUCAUGGAGAUGGAAUACGAAAGAGCCAAUAAAUUCGUGGAAAGAAAGUUGUCACUACUAGAGAGUAAACUGGAGCAAAUACGAAAGCAAAUGUCAUCAAUUCAAGGGCAUAUCACUCUGGUUCACGCGGCCAUGGACCCAGCUGGAGUUAUGCAGAGGAUAUAG